UAUUAUUAAUGUUAUUGUUAUUCUUUUGUGUUUGUUUCGGGCUUAUGGGUUGUUUUGGCUGACGGGAUAACGGAUGAUAACUUAGUGUGCAGUCAUCGGUUUGAAUCAUUUUAUAAUUGAUUCCUGAUCCAGUGCCAGGUUUUUCAGCGGCCUCUGUCUGUGUCUGGCAGCAGCGCAGCAUGAAAGCAGUGGGAAACAGAAACACUAUGGCUGCCACUCUGUCUCUUACUCAGCUCUCCAGUGGAAAUCCCAUCUAUGACAAAUACUAUCGACAGGUUGAUCCGACUGGCAGUGGGCGGGUGGCAGCAGCUGAUGCAGCCUUGUUUCUGAAGCGGUCGGCCUUGGCUGACUUGGUCCUGGGGAAGAUCUGGGAUUUGGCAGACUCUGAACGUAAAGGUGCUCUUAACAAGCAGCAAUUUUUCAUAGCAUUGCGGUUGGUAGCCUGUGCUCAAAAUGGCCUGGAGGUGGCACUCAAGAGCCUUAAUGUGGCUGUUCCUCCCCCAAAAUUUCAUGACACAAGCAGCCCGCUGUUGGCAGCAGGAGGAGGAGUUGCUGCUGACAUUCCCUGGGUCGUCAAGCCUGAGGAGAAGAUGAAGUUUGACUCCAUCUUUGACAGUCUGGGUCCAGUUGGAGGGAUUCUAACAGGAGACAAGGUCAAGCCUGUCCUGCUCAACUCCAAACUGCCAGUGGACAUCCUUGGCAGGGUGUGGGAGCUCAGUGACAUCGACAGAGAUGGCACGUUGGACAGAGAUGAAUUUUCUGUGGCCAUGUAUCUGGUGUACAGAGCCCUGGAGGGGGAGCCUGUUCCCAUGUCCCUACCGCCUCCCCUGGUUCCACCCUCCAAGAGAAAAAAACCCUCGGUGCCUCCUGUGAUGCCCCUGUUACCCUCGCCCCCCUCAGUCAAAGACAGUCGAUCCUCCCACGCUGGCAGUAAGACCAUGCCCCUUCCCCCUAAACCCGCCCCAGCUCCUGUCCCAACACCAGCAGCUGCCCCUUGGGUGGUGUCGCCAGCAGACAAAGCAAAGUAUGAUGAGCUCUUCAGCAAGACAGACAGUGACAUGGACGGCCUUGUGUCUGGGCCUGAAGUCAGAGAUAUCUUUCUGAAGACGGGGCUGCCCUCUGCAACACUCGCACGCAUCUGGGAGCUUUGUGACAUUGGAGACAUCGGGAAACUGACCCGAGAGCAGUUUGCCCUGGCGCUUCAUCUAAUCAAUCAGAGGCUGACUAAAGGCUUGGAACCUCCGCAGAGUCUCUCCCCAGAGAUGAUCCCUCCAUCUGACAGACAAAACAUCAAACAGAACAACGUGGCUAACCUGGCAGCUGACUUCUCUGCCAUCAAGGAGCUGGACUCUCUCAGUAAUGAGAUUGUCGAACUACAAAGGGAGAAGAUAACUGUGGAAGAGGAGAUCAAGGAGAAGGAGGAGGCCAUCAGACAACGCAGCAAUGAAGUGCAGGACUUGCAGGAUGAGGUGGCAAGGGAGAGCGAAGUGCUGCAGCGGCUCCAGGCUCAGCGUCAGAAGGUCCAGGAGGCUUUGGAGGAGCUAGACCAACAGAAAGGCUCCCUGGAGGAUCAGCUGACUCAUAUUCGCCAGCAGACCAACCAAGAGACCAAUCUGAUUUCAUCACUGCAGUCGGAGCAUGAGGAGCAGGAACAGAAGAUAUGUCAGUUUGAGGAGGAGCUGGUCCAGGCCCGAGAGGAGCUCCUGGCUCUGCAGGAGGAGAGCCGGAGGCUGCAGGAGAAGGUCCAGGCCGCCCAGGAGCAGCUCACACCUUUGCAAGAGUCUGUCCGCGACUCCUUUACACAAGUUGCACAGGUUCAGCAGAAACUGAAUGAGCUUCAGGUGGAGGAGAGGUCAGUAACUGCCCAACUCAGCUGGAAGAGAGCUCUGGAGGACAGCUCUCCUGUCAUGGUCAACGGAUCAGCUGGCCCCACAGCAGAGCUGCACCAGGGGGACACCUUCCAGCAGGACCUCUUCCAGGAGGACCAGCCUAAAGAGCUGAAGGAGGAAGAACCAGCUGCUCUCUGCUACCAGCAGAAAGAACAGAAAGAACAUUCAGAUCAAAAGGAGAAAGAAGGUAUGAACAAAAGAGAAGAGGAAGAAGAGGAGGAGGAAGAAAGUUUGAAGACUGCAGAGGAGGAAAAGUUAAAACGUGAUGCCUUGGAUGAUCUCUAUACCAGUCUAGCCUCCUCUGAGAUGUACAACAGUCGGUUGAAGCCACUGGAGAACAUGACUAUGGAACACAGUAGCCCUACACCCAACGUCUCCUCGGAGGUCAUAGACGAUGCAGAGGAAUCACCUAGAGAAAGCCCGCCAAAGGUUGCAUCGCCAGAGCCAGAGUCUGCAGAGUCCCCAGAAAGCACCCCGUCUUUGUUACCACCUCAAGUUGGCCCUCGCUCUCUGCCACCUCAGACCAGCCCUCCCUCCCUGCCUGAGAUGGACUUUUUUCAUUCUGACCCCUUUACUGACCAUGAUCCAUUCAAAGAUGAUCCAUUUGGAAAAGCAGAUGUUGCAGAUCCGUUCGGAGAAGAUCCAUUCAAAGGGUCAGACCCCUUUGCUGCAGACUCUUUCUUCCAGGCCUCCAGCGGUCCCUUUGCCUCAGAUGACCUUUUCUCUGCCUCAGAUGACCCGUUUGUUACCACAACUGGUGUGCCGGAACCAGACCUGUUUCUAGCCAAGCCGAAUGAAGCAGAAGCUGCACCAGCAGCAGGCCCAGAUCCCUUCACUUCUAAACCUACCAAUCUGGCUUUAGCAGCCAAGGAUCCAUUCAGCUCCACAGGGAACAAUAUGGCCGAUUCUGACCUGUUUGGAGGCAAAGUGAACGCCAUUGGGGAGGUGGAUCCCUUUGGUUCUCAGAACGGAGGGACAGAUCCAUUCAGCUGCUCUUUACCCAGCUCUGAUCUGGCGCUGAAGGACACUGCAGCAUCCAAUGACCCGUUUGCUCCAGGUGGUACGACAGUGAACGCCAGCUCAGAUCCAGAUCCGUUUGCUGCUGUGUUUGGUAAUGAAUCAUUCGGAGGUGGCUUUGCAGAUUUCAGUGCUUUGACAAAGUCAAACGGGGCUGACCAGUUUGGCAUCAACAAUAAGAACCUGUUCCAGGAAGACAGUGAGUCUGUUGGCCCCGAUGUGCCCCCAGCUCUGCCUCCAAAAACCGGUACGCCAACUAGACCACCUCCUCCACCUCCAGGUAAGAGGUCGUCCAUCUCCAGAACUGAGUCGUGUGAGUCCUUCCAACGACGAGGGCCCUUUCUCCAACAGCCUUCAGGAGAUUUCUCCUCCUCUUCCCUGCCUGCCAAGGAUCCUUUAGCUGACCCCUUCGCCCCCUCCUCCCCUCCUCGUCACAACGUACGGGAAGCUGACCGAUUUGCCAGCUUUGACAAACAGUGGGAUGUACCACCUACAAUAUCCAACAGAGGAAGACAUGAUAGAGUGGCAAAGCGCGAGAGCGAGCGAGAGGAAAAGGAGCGACUUGCCAGGCUCACCCAGCAGGAACAAGGACCUGAGCUGGCCAUCGCACUCAGCAGUCUACUCUCUUAGACCCCGUCUCUCCCUUCCCUUCCCCUCCUCGUCCACUGACCUGGCUCAGCACGGCACAGCACAGCCUGGCCCAGCCCAGAAAGCACCAAAGCAAUGUGGGGACUGUAUAGGACUGAUUCAGCAACACCGGCUGACCCCAUGGAGAGAAUCUCAGAAUUAACCCUUCUCUGAAUCUUUCAGCGCCCUUCUCCCCGGACUGUGUUCAUGGUAUUGGCAUUGCGGUAUCGUGUUUUUCCAUUCUGUUGGUCUUGUUUUGGAGAAGUGGACCAAUAUGGAGUGUUUGUUUUGAAGAAUGGAUUGUUGAAAAAUGAAAUGCGGUGAAUUUGGAUUUAGAGAUAGCUCCGUUGAUUUCGACACCAGGCUACAAAUGUAAUUUAUUUAAUGCGCUCAAAACUAGAUUGAAAUUGCUUUGUCAAAAGUCCUGUCUUUAUCCACUAACAGUACCUGUAUACUUUAUUAAAACCCCUCUAGCUUCUGAAGUUUUAUUGAGAAUUUCAUGAGCUUUCUGUAAUUGGAAAUAGACUUGCUAAUUUUGUAGAGCACCAAAAUUCCCAUAAUUUCCUUCCAGCUCUCAGCUAAUAUUUUGAAACUAAAUAUUGAACUGUGUGUAGAUUCAAGACCGUAACAAAGUGUUAUUGAGGCACUGUAACAAAAUCUUUCAGUCUUUUUUUUUUUUUUUUAAAUGGAAUGACCACUUACUUUUCUAGUCCUGUAUAAUGGCAGAAGGCAUAUGAGAUU